CUCUCAUUAUUUCUCUCUUUACCUAUUCUUCAUCUUCUUCGGCUAGUAUGUGUUGGUCCUUGAGUUUCUGCUACCUACUCUAAUAUUAUAGAUCAUCUCCCUGUAGGGAAAACAACCUGCAAUUAAACUAGGGUUUGAGCUUUUUCUUAUUGACAGUAAAGUUUUAAGACUUGUAAAGGUAAUCCUACAAUAUACACAGAGAGAGAGAGAGAGAGGGAGUAGUGGUGGUACUGGAUAAGAAUGAAGGAGAGUGGAGGAAGGAAGCAGGGAGCAGCGUCGCCAUGUGCAGCAUGCAAACUUCUAAGGAGAAGGUGUGCCCAUGACUGUGUUUUUGCUCCUUAUUUCCCAGCCGAUGAGCCCCACAAGUUUGCUAAUGUCCACAAGGUCUUCGGUGCUAGCAAUGUCAACAAGAUGCUCCAGGAACUGCCGGUGCACCAACGGGGAGACGCGGUGAGUAGCAUGGUGUAUGAGGCCAACGCCCGGGUACGUGACCCCGUAUACGGUUGCGUGGGAGCCAUAUCAUCACUGCAGCAGCAGAUAGACACCCUUCAAACCCAAUUGGCACUGGCCCAGGCAGAGGUGGUGCACCUCCGGGUGAGGCAGACUGCAUCCUAUUCACAUCAUGGAUUCGCCCCUACAAGCCCAACUAAUAGCGGCUCACCCUCUUCCAACCACGGUUCACAAGUUAAGCCCAUUUUUGACAUGGACGUGGUAAUGGACCAGGCUAGCUUGGGAGAACCCAUGUGGUCAUGCUAGCUUAAUUAUUAUAUAUUAUUACUCUAUAUAGGCUACAUUUUUGUCACCCUAUGCUUAAUUUCCCUUACGGUAUAAUACCUAAAUCCUUUAUAUACAGCAAUUUGAAUGGAAAAAAAAAGGGAGGUGGUGGCAGCAGCGGUGGCGCUGUGGCGGCUGGAGUGGUGGUGGCGUCAAGGUCAUUUAGCUUAUUAUAGUUUUGCAAAGGUCAUGGUCAUUAACUAUAUAUUAUGUAUAUAUACAAUUUUAACCUUAUAUAUGUUUCCCCACCCCAAAAAAUACCCUUAUAUAGUGAGUAAUUUAUAUAAUGUACUGAAGCUGGUACAUGAAUUUCUCCAUUAUAGCGAGUACUUUUCUAUAAUGGACCGAUGAAAACCGUAUCUAUUAUUUCCUCGGAUAUAAGUUACCCAGAUUCAGAGUA